CUCCUUCUCUAUCGCUGCCAUUGCGCCGUCCGCACCACCUUCACCAAUACCACCACUGUCUCUCUCAACGUCCUGCGCUGCACUGUCUCCACUUCCUUCUGUGACUUUGCAUCGAAAACGAAACAUCACGCAGACCACAUCGUGUGGUGGAAAGUUACCAGUCGCAUCUGUGCUAUCGCCAGCUCCAUCGACACCGAUAUUCGAAUGCCCGUCUAGUCCUUCCAUCCCGCUGCUGGCCAGCGCCGUCGUCCCGUCCGCCUCUCUCUCACCAUGGCACCUCGAAAUCCGUGCUCUUUCCUGCCCCGCCGACUGCAGGUCGUCGUGACACUUGCCAUCGUGCUGGUGCUCAGUAUCGUCUAUCUGGGCAACUCCAAUGCAGACGAUUACGAUCAUCUGGUGCAGAAGUUGCCCUACGGUCCGAAGCUGGAAGAGGGCGUGCACAAGGCUGUGGCAGGCUCUCAGCAUAUCGUCGACCAUAUUCCUCUGCUGGGCACACCUGCUCACACCCCGCCUCCUGAGCAAGCCAACAGCAGUAGCGGCGAUACGAGAUGGUAUAGCGAUUGGAAGUGGAAGAACCCUUUCAGCAGCAGCGUAGUUUAUGACGAACAGCGGGCCGUGCUACCCCCCUUGCAGGAGCGUGCGCCAAUCUAUACAUAUUACGACAAGCGUGAGUCGGACGACAAGAGGAAGAAGGCCGAACAGCAGCUUGUGCAGAUAUGGAGGAAAGCGUGGUGGGCGAAGGGCUUCCGACCUGUUGUGCUCAGCAGAUCCGACGCCAUGCACAAUCCACUCUUCCGCAAUGUGCAAGGCCUGCAGCUGGAAAAGUCCUUUGAGCAGGAAAUCAUGAGAUGGCUCGCUUGGAGCAGCAUGAGGGGAGGCAUCCUGGCGAAUUACAUGGCGCUGCCCAUGGGUCCCUAUGACGACCCCUUGCUAUCUUUCCUGCGGCGCGGAGAAUACCCCAAGCUUACGCGCUACGAAGGCUUGGAGAAUGGCUUGUUCGUGGGCACUGCAGAGCAAAUUGACGCUGCUCUCAAGGAAGCACUUCGCUCCUCAGCAAUCAAACGAGUCAAGUUCAUGGACGAGGCGCUUCCGGAUGAUAUUAUGACGGUAGACCCAAAGCACGAUGGCAUCGCUUUUUACAGCAACACAACCAUCACCACCAAGUACGAACUAAUUGCAGAGAAGUUGAACGAUCCCAAGACUGUGGGCGAUGGGUUUGCCAUGUUGCCUGUCUUGAUUAACAGCCAUCUUCACUUGACCUGGCAAAACAUCUUCUCCAGAGGCAUCGCUGUGGUCAAGCCUUUGCCGGAGCAUACUUCAGCGCUUGUCGAGCCGGCAAUUGACAUCGCACGCAACCUCUCGCAGUGCGCCGUUUCUCCAAUCCCGGCCUCCUGCCCACCAAAUCGGCCUCGCUGCAAACCCUGCGUUUCCAACAACGUGCCAAUAACAGCAUCUGUAUACUUUCGAAAUGAUAGCGAUCUGUUUCAGGUCGGAACUGUACCGCACCCGUUGACCACACAGACUCUCGUCAAGCAGAACGAUGAUUGGAACGUCUCCUCAAUUAGACGAUCUACGGCAAGAGACGUGUGGAUUUUGGCUGCUACAAAGCUGGUUUUGGGCACAGGCAUCUCUUCGUUUGCUCGCUUGCCAGCCAUGAAGGACACCGUCGCCUCUGAGUUGGGUAGCUUUCGCACUCUGUGGCUCUCGGCCGAGGAUCCGCCUCUCAAGGACAACGAACACGACCGAGACGAGCUGGAUUGGAUUUUUGGAUUCCAGUUGCCUCGAGAGCCUCUUGCUGACGGCAAGAGCGAGACGCCGGUGCCUGGACCAGAGAGACGGCCACCUGCGCCUAAGCCGGAGUACGGAGAUGGCCCGAUCCCGUCAGAGGAAGACUUGCGACGAGAAGCUACACUUCUGGAGUCGUGCAAAUUGCAGCUGCACAGCGGGGAAAAGGCUGGUGGAGGAUCGGCUGCAGUAAACAAGCGGACGAUAGAAGCAUGGAAUCUGGCAGACACCGAGAUAUGGAAGUUUGUUCGUGCGUGGAAUGCCCGACGGCACAUGGAAAGAACAACUUGGCAGAAGGAGGAAUCAUCUUUCCAAGGCCAAGGCGUUUUCGAUCGAUGGAAAGACAAGAUAAGUUAAGCUAGACAGCCGGGCAGGAACUGGCACCAGUUUCACUUCCACCUUCCUUGAGCCAGAGUG